AGAGAAGAUAAUUGCACCUAAUCAGUUUAAGUUUCAUAGUCAGAAAUCGAGGUAUACCAUCGACUUAGUGAUUGUGAAUCAUGAAGCUGCUUUCUGUACUUUCUGGAGUUUUACUCCUUACUACUCUCACGACUGCUAAGUUGGACAUCCCCAAUCGACUAGGGAUUGCACCGAUCGUCGACAAAUUGGAAGAGGCGCGUGAUCGAUUGCACGAUGGCAUCUUCGGAAAUAAGGCAGAGGAUUUGCCAGUUGCCAGGGUGGCAGUAGAUUCUGAUGGCUCAGACGCUUCUGAUGCCUCUGAUGCGGCUGAUGGCUCGGACGCCUCUGACGUUGCACAACCCGAAUCUGAUGUAUCUGCUGAUGAUGAACAACCGGAAUCUGAUGCUCCUAGUGAUGAUGCACCUGAAACACCCGCUGAAACGCCAGCAGAGGGCGAUUCUGACGCUGAAGCUCCAGCAAAUGCUGACGCAUCCGAUGCUUCAAACGGCUCGGAUGCCGCCGACGAUGCACAACCCAACUCUGAUGCAUCUACUGACGAUGGACAACCUGAAGCUGCUGAGGGUGCACCUGAUACACCUGCCGAAGGCGACGGCGCCCUCGAAGCCUCACCAACUGCUCCAUCUGAGGAAACCGGAGAUCAACCUGAUAAACCGGUUGAUAAAGGCCAUCGCGGACCAGGCCGUUGGGGCAGACGAGGAGGUCGCCGUUGGGGCAGACGAGGAGGUCGUCGUUGGGGUAGACGAGGAGGUCGUCGUUGGGGCAGGCUAGGAGGCCGCCGGUGGGAUAGACGAGGAGGCCGCCGUUGGGACCCACGAAGACUUCGUUCUUGGCAGGCAAGAUCAAAUGGCGGUCAACAGAGUAUGAAGCCACACCCCUUUGCCUUGAAAGCUCUUAAAGCAAGACGAGCAAUAUUGGAUCGUGCCAUAAAUAAACUUGAACGUCGCAAUUAAGGCGAUUAAUUAUGGCGUAAUAAACAGUCGUUGUUUAUCAGCAA